AUGGAGCAAACCAGGGAAAUUUGGAAAGGACGAGGAGAUCGCAGAGGGAGACGAAACGGAGGUUGGAGAGGUGGUUGGCGUGGCACUGGUAGAGGUGGUGGCAGGGGCGCUAGAGGAAAAGCUGGUGGAGCCAUCGGAAAUAGCAUAGGGCCGGAAGGUACAUUGGAUGUUAAAAGAGAAGCUGGAGAGGUGGCUGGUAGUAGUUUGCCCGGUGGGAAAGGAAGAGGGAGUUGGAAAGGCUGUAAGCGAGGUGGUCGGGCAGGUUUUGGAAGGGGUGGAGGAGGAAGAGGAAGUUGGAGAGGUGGUUGGAAGAGUAGUGCUACAAAUGGUGAAAGGGGUGAUGGAAGAAGGGCUGGAGGAGACACUGGAAGUAUUCAGUCUCAGGGACAAUUAAAACUCAAGGACCUCCAGAAUCUGAAGAACAAAAGCCCGGACGACAUUGUUCUCCAUUUGACAUCAGAAAGUUGCUUUCGUGCCACCGAAUACUUAGUUAAAGAGCAGUCAACAAUCACAGACGACAGCAUUGUUUUAUUAGUAAACAUUUUCACGAAAGCUUGCACUAGCAAAAGCAGGGAUGAUCUUUAUAAACUACUAAGUCUAUUACCGGGGUCUUUGUUUCUCAAUUUGCACCUGAGGCGCAACCUGAACAGGCUCUUUGUGGAUCCAAUUCCGCCUUUUGAUGUAGUUGCGUAUUUAAGGAACGUUGAGCAAAUGAUGAACGAAUUGCUUCGAAGAUUUCCAAACUCUCACUCUGAUCUUCCUCUGUCAGACCUGUAUUGUGCGAUCAGGUUGGCGUUCGAUUCGGGGCAGUUGGAAGAUGAAGCACUCGUGAAAGGGGUGGAUGAAAUGAUGCAAAUGCGAAUCGAAAAAGCUGAGGAGUUGAAGAGGAAAGAAGAAGAGGAAAAGCAAAGGAAAAUGAAACCACGGAGAAUUGCCGAAGACAACGACGACGUCAGUCCGCCCGAAAACUUCCGAUGUCUUAGUGUUGUUCCUACUCAGGAGGACAUCUUGACAGGAGGAAGGCCUUUUAUCAGAAAAAACAAAGUUAGUGGUGCCUAUAAAGACGCGGAACACUAUUUAGACGUACAGUUUCGACUCUUACGAGAGGAUUUUCAGCGGCCUCUUCGUGAGGGGAUCACAGAGUUUUUAGAGCGUUCUUGCUCCCACAAGAUUGGUGCCUUACAGGACAUACAUGUUUACAAUGGUGUUCGCUUACUGUACCCUGUAUGCACUUCCCACGGUAUCCGUUGCAAGGUCGAGUUUGACAACUCUAAGCUCAAAAAAGUACGGUGGGAAAACAGUAAACGGCUUAUCUUCGGCUCGUUGUUGUGUUUGUCCUCAGAUCACUUUGAAAAUAUUGUGUUUGCAACGGUGGCCAACAGGGAGCUCUCAGAGAUAAGACGAGGUACGGUGGACAUACAAUUCAUCGAAUCAUCUGAUAACGUGAGACUUGAAGAAAGUGAUGUGUAUCAGAUGGUAGAGAGCACUUCCUACUUUGAAGCGUAUCGUCACGUGCUGAAGAGACUGCAAGAAAUCCAUCCAGCUGUGUUACCUUUUCAGAAGUACAUUGUAAAUUGCCAAGAAUAUGUCGAGCCCCCUUCGUAUUUGAGGAGUGAACUGCACGAAGAAGUAACUUUUGACUUAACACCUAUCAUGAAGAAAGUGAGCCAGGAUACUGCUGAUACUACUGAGAGUUUGGUUACUUUAAAGAGAAAGUACAAACUUCGGCGUGCACGUUUGAAGGGAACUUCCGUACCACUUCUCAAACUGUCCUCCUGGCCUUCCGCGGAACAUCUGGAUCUUGAUGAUUCUCAGUUCAGGGCGCUGCAGAUGGCACUGACCAAAGAGUUUGCUGUCAUUCAAGGACCACCUGGUACUGGAAAGACGUUUAUUGGGUUGAAGAUUGCCAAUGUCUUGUUGCAUAACAAAAGCAAGUGGGAUUCCAAUAGAAGGAGUCAAAGGGAUAUUUUCUCUCGACUCUCAGAGAAUCAUCCAAUACUGAUUGUCUGUUAUACGAACCAUGCGCUCGAUCAGUUUCUGGAAGGAAUCCAUCAGUUUCAUCCCGAGGGGAUUGUGCGGAUUGGAGGCCGAACUCAGAGUGAGACUAUGAAAAAAUGCAGUUUGUCAGAGUUGAAACACCGCAUGCGCAUGGGCGAGAAAGGAUCACAAGGACAAAAGGGACAGAAAGGAAUGCCGGGAACAUGUGAUGACCUGAGCUCCUCGUCAUCCUCCGGGAAAAGAGGGUGUUGUAAAGUGGAAUGUUCGACCGGUUUCUACUUCUUCGAGAAAGUUCAAGACUUGCCAACCAGAGGAGCUGCAGCUGUUCAACACUUUACCAUUAAUGGAAGUCUGUUCCUCACCUUUGGGAACAAUCAAGGAGAUAUUCAGAAACACAAGACAGGCUCCGUGAUUUACAAGAUGGAUGAACCGACUGAAAAGUUCACAUUGUACCAGACCCUACAAACUAGAGGUGCACAUGGCGUUGAGUACUUUUCUAUCGCUGACAAACAUUUCCUUGCUGUGGCUAAUUAUUGGGAUGGUACAUACCAACUUGACUCUGUAGUAUUCCAGUGGAAUGGACAGCGGUUUAUGGUAUUUCAGAAAUUACCAACAAAAGGAGCUGCACACUUCAAGUUCUUCGCAUCAAACAGAGAAAAAUAUCUCACAGUGGCAAAUCGUCAAGACGAAAGUACCUACUCAACAGAGUCAGUCAUCUACAAAUGGAAUGGCUUUAAGUUCAACAAGUUCCAAGAGAUAGCAACUGAAGGUGCCAUGGGAUGUACGGCAUUUGGAAUAAACAAUGUCACUUUCAUCGCUUUCGCCAACUAUUACAACUCUCAACAGAAGUAUUCUGUUCAGUCCACUGUCUUUAAGUGGUCAGGAGGACACUUUGUCAAACUACAGUCUCUUCAAACUUAUGGUGCAUAUGACGUUAAGUCUGUUAAUAUCAAUGGUCACACAUUCCUCGCUUUUGCCUGCUACUACUCUGGAAGUUCCUACAACACUGACUCGUUUAUUUAUAAAUGGGAUGGUACCAAGUUCGUUCUUUUCCAAUCCAUUCCUACUCGUGGAGCCCUCGCUUGGCAUCCUUUCGUGAUCAGCGGUCAUACCUAUCUGG